AUGGCAGCCGCGCAGACCCUUCCGCUGAUCACGACCAUCGCCGACUAUGUCAGUCCAUGUCAAAACCCACGUAUGCCCAUACCAUACCAGCCUCUCACCACGGUCUUCACCCCUCCGGCAGCAUGCGCGACGAGUUGGGUCUUUGAGAACGGAGCUGAGGGAACAGUAUGGGGCAAUCAGGAAUACAUACCCGAUUCGACUAACUGUCUUCCGAAUCAUGGGCACCAAACAGCGUUUGGCCCAGGAAUCUGUGGGAGCGGGCUUGAGCUCAAGCAAGUCACCAAGAUCCUUGAGAAUGCGAAGGACGCGAACCAAGCUAGAUGGCACGGCCUAUGCUGUAGCAGCAACUUUCAUGUGGGAAGUUCGAAUACUGAUGGUGGCACGGUGUUCUCCUGCAUUGGAUCGUUCCCAGCCCCUUUUACAGCCCUGGCAAUGAGCGGCCAUGACGCGACUGUCUAUUCUUCGAGGGGUGAUGGGGAUACCGGCCACGACGACGACGACGACGACGACGACGACUACUACGACGAUGGCGGCGACACCGACAGCGAUAAUUGCGAGAACGGUGACAAUGGCAAGUACGACGGCAAAGGCGAGCGGAAUUGCGGGAUCUGUCGGCUCCGAACCAUCAACCAUCAGAACUGCACAUGGCCCAGCAACCUCCGUGACCAGAGCGAAACAGCCAUCGCCAAUUCUGAAUGGACCAGCACAUGCAGCUGCAAGCAAAUCAUCAAUCCCAGUCACGAGCGAAUCGUCAGUCCCAACUGCAAGCGAGUCGGCAUCUCCAAAGACGAACCGGCAUCUCCAAAGACGAACCGGCAUCAGCAGUUGGAAGCGAGGUUUCAGACUGGAGACGACUCGGCGACAGCAACUGAAAGCGAGUCGGAUUUCCAUACUGUAGAUGAAUCAGCAUCACCGACUGGAAGCGGCUUGUACUUCCACACUAUAGAUGCCACAUCAUCUCCAACAACUACAGGGCCCAUUGCGAUCGAGGACCAGUCGACUUCGUCAGCGCAGAUGUCUAAAGGAAGCAUUACCGCUAUCGGCAUUCUCGUACCUACAACUGUCCUACUCGCGCUCUUCUUCGCAGCACGUCGUUUUCAGCAGAGGAAGACCCGAGAGAAGUACGUCGGUCUUGACGAUCCUCCGGACAACGAGAAAGGUUCACGUCGCUGGUAUGAUGACACAGCCCCGUAUGCGCCUAGCCCGCGAAGACACAACGGCGCCGAGAAGGGUCGGGCGCGCCCUGUCAGGAUACACGAGCUGGGCGACAACAUUCGACACGAACUGCCGGCGCCGGUCCCCUACGGCUUACGCUCGGUCCGCAAAGGGCCAACAGCGGGACCAAGAGCAGCUUCCGCCGCGUCCGAGAAAGAAGAAACAGGAUACGCUGUCUAUAAUCCCUGA